AUGCCACCUCCACCAGCACCCCAAUUUAGCGCUGACGGGGACGUCGACGCCGCUGAAGGGGACGUCGACGCCGCUAAAGGGGACGUCGACGCCGCUGAAGGGGACGUCGACGCCGCUGACGGGGACGUCGACGCCGCUGAAGGGGACGUCGACGCCGCUGAAGGGGACGUCGACGCCGAUGAAGGGGACGUCGACGCCGCUGAAGGGGACGUCGACGCCGCUGAAGGGGACGUCGACGCCGCUGAAGGGGACGUCGACGCCGCUGAAGGGGACGUCGACGCCGCUGACGGGGACGUCGACGCCGCUGACGGGGACGUCGACGCCGCUGACGGGGACGUCGACGCCGCUGACGGGGACGUCGACGCCGCUGACGGGGACGUCGACGCCGCUGACGGGGACGUCGACGCCGCUGACGGGGACGUCGACGCCGCUGACGGGGACGUCGACGCCGCUGACGGGGACGUCGACGCCGCUGACGGGGACGUCGACGCCGCUGACGGGGACGUCGACGCCGCUGACGGGGACGUCGACGCCGCUGACGGGGACGUCGACGCCGCUGACGGGGACGUCGACGCCGCUGACGGGGACGUCGACGCCGCUGACGGGGACGUCGACGCCGCUGACGGGGGACGUCGACGCCGCUGA